AAAUGUCGACUACAGUGGAUGUUUCGAAAACUUACAAGCGUAAAUCACUUGAUCGAUAUGAAAGAAUUGGAAAUUUAUUAGAACAAUUUUUAAAAGGAAAGCUACAGCAUAUUCAUAAAUUUACUGAUUUACCAGAUGGUUAUUUCCUAAUUGAUGAAAUUAUCCAAUUACCUGAAUUCAAAAAAGAACAUUGUACAUAUGAUGAAAUUAUUGAUGUUGUACAUAAUGAUGCAUUAUUACGAUUCAGUGUUAGAGGAUCAAAAGUUCGCUUGAAACCGCCUGAAUUAAAUAAAGACCCUGAUGUAAUUUUAUCAAAAAAGUUAGCUUGGAUUCUACGUCAUGGAGCAGAGAAUGUCGGAAUGAAAUAUGAACCUGGUGGUUACCUUUAUGUAGAUAAAAUACUUCAAUUGAAACCAUUUCAAGGGGUUCGACUAGAAGAUAUUUCACGUGUUGUUAAUUCGAACGAUAAAAAACGCUAUGAACUGUCGACAAAUCCAGAAAAUGGCCGGUUAAGAAUCAGAGCUUACCAAGGUCAUACUGUUACAGUAAGUGAAUAAAUGUAUCUAUAUAUAAUUUCUCAUUUUUCCGGUCGUUUAUAUUUCUUGUUCCUUGUGAAUAUAUAUAUAAAUGAUGUAUCUCUCUUAAUUUAAAAGCGAAGUAAUCAGUUUGAUAUCAAGGAUUAUAUUGUGAAUCGAUGUAAUUUCUACUGUAUAUUUUCUACUUGUCAUUUAAUUCAUCAGUUAAAUACAAAUCCAAGUACUUAACUUCCAGCUACACAAAUGUAUGUUGUAUACUAUCUUUUCGGUGCGCAAAACACCUUAAUAUUUGUUGACUGUUCAGUUAAACUAUACAUACUAUCUAACUAGUCCCAGGCUUAGUAAAUUUACAUAUUAGAAGUUCUGAUGCCUAUUUGAAGAUAAAUGUAUGAGAGAGUACAUUAUUGUCAUUAUGAGUUUACUGAUUAACAAAAGUGUGUUAAGUUUUACAAAUAAUGUAUUUUUACAAUAGUAGUUCAUUUAAACCACAGUUUUUUUUAUUACAUUUGCUGUUAGAUAGUAAUCGGUAAGAAACCUUUAAACCCUUAGUUUUGUGCUACUUGGGUAGUCAUCAACAAGAUGUACGUUCAAUAUGUAUUUAGUUAUGAGUCAUGUAUCUGCCUGUUAAAUCAAUGUUUGAGUUUACUGUUCGUCAGUUCAUUUCAUAUUGUUUUACUACUGUAAAAUUAUGAUCUAUGAAGAUAAAAAAUUAUAUAUGUAAUCCUUUGCACUUGUUUGUCAUUAUCUAAGCUCCAAAAAGUUAGAUAACAUAACACAGAAUCGCCUACUAUACAUUAUCACGAUGAAAUUCAUCCAUAAGAAUCACGUAUCCAGUAGAUAACAAAUAAACAUCCUACUGAAUAAUACGACCUAUUUAUUACCAGAUUCAAUCAUCCCAAUUAUCAAUAUAAUAUGCUAAAUAAAAUGAUAUAACAUUAACAGGCAAGAUUUUACUUCCACUUAGAUAUCAAAAACAUACAGGUCAUUUAUCUGUCUUCCAAUCAAAGGUAAAGUGUGCUGUUCAUAAGUCCACAUCGUAUUGCUUUACUACUGUUAAAUAUACCCAAUGAAAGCACAAACCAUGUAUGAACUGCAAAUAUACAUGAUGAAACCACUAAGUAAGUGAUUCUGUGGUUAGGUAUAGAAUACUAGGUAGAAUACAAGAAGGUUGGUUGAUAAAAUCAUAAAAUUCAUCAACUGACAAAAUAAGCUAGGAAUCUCUAUAUCAAGACAGGAUAUCUGCAUGAAAUCAUCGAGUGCCUAGUCUAUGCCACGUUGGAAGGUGAAAAAUUAUGAAUCUAACCCUGUGAAAUUGUUUUAAUCUAUAUUUGUAAGCAACUCCGCUCACACUCCCACCAGUGUUAGUCCAAAGUCCGGGUAAAGAGUGAGGUUCGGCAAUAAGGUUAAUAAACCAAAACCCAUAAAAACAGAUACUCACUCGAAAACGCUAGCCAGAAACAAUCUAAACUCGAACCUGAGAGUUGAAGAAUCUUCAUUUAGAAGAAUUAUAACGACCCAUGAUGAAAGACCAGAUUCUUUGGAAGUUACGAGACUGAUGUCCCUUAUAACAACUAGAGAAACAAGUAAUAUCGGUACAUGGAAUGUUCGAACAAUGCGGAAGACCUGAAGGACUACUCAUAUAGCUAUGGAAAUGACAAGAUACAACCUGAUGAUGCUCGGAAUGAGUGAAACGCAAUAGAGGCACACUGGACAGAAAAGCUUAAUUUCGGGAGAGAUGAUGUUGCAUUCUGGUCAUGAAGAAGUAAAUGCUUCGCACACCCAAGGAUUUGCAGUGAUUUUGUUUAAAGGGACACAGAAAGCACUCACAGAAUGGGGUUAUAAAGAACCGAUAACUUGAAGUUGCCUGGAGGUGCUGUGCUUCAAUAAGUACUAACAAUAAUACAUCUCUGUAGACAGCCUGGAUAAGAUUGAAGAAGUAAGAAACAUGAUGACACCAAUGAAUAAGAACGGAACAAGAGUGAAGAAAGAAAGCCAAGACACAAGUAAAGUACUACUUAUGAGUUGUAUGAAAUCAUCCUGCUAAAAGUUAGUGAUUAUUUUAUGAAACUAAACUCACAUCAUUAUAAUGAAUUACAUUACAAUUAGAUACUAUUGACUAGACUAACACCUUAAUAAAUUUUUUAUCUAGUUGGAUAAAACAAUUUAUUUGUUGCUGACUAAUGAUAAGUUAUAAAUGUCUAUAUUUUUUAUGAUUACAGCUCACAGAUAAACUUAACAUGUUCCUUAUUUUUAAACCGAAUUCGUAUUGUAAAUAAUGCUCACUUUGAAAAAUAAUCUGUGUGUGUGAAUGAAUGAAUGAAUGAAUACCCUCUAAUAGAUUACGGCUUAAACGGUAUAUAGAGCUUCGGCACUCUCGAACGUCUGGAAACUCAAGAUUACAAAUC